GAGUUUGCUCUUCUCGUCAGGUGAACACGUUUUCUUCCGCUACCGGUGGUCCACUCUCGCGCACGGAUAUAUCACAACCAUGGCCUCCUUCCGGAUCACCUGAGUAGUUUUGGAGCAGCAUGUUGAUGCUUUCUGUUCUGCUGGGCCUGGGCCUCCCGGCAAUGUGCCCUGGUCGUCCUCCCGUGGUGCGCGGCGAAUCAUCUUCGAGCAGCAUGGACAUUCCAGUAUGGGCAAACAUCGUCACACACAGGGACAACCGCACAGUAAAGAGCAACCAUACGGCUUCUCCGAGCUCGGAAAUCACGGAACAUUUCACCCGCUCUCUGCACAAGUGUGGCUCCCAUCGCGACAGUCUUCCCAGGAUGCGAAGGAUGAUGCUGUCGAAGAAGAAUGUCACGUGCAACGACGGAACGCCAGCCGGGUAUUACAUGAGAAGAGCGCACGGAAGUCGAAGAUGGAUCAUAUUCCUUGAAGGUGGCUGGCAUUGUUAUGACAGCACGAGCUGCGGUGCGCGAUGGAUGAGGACACCACACCUCAUGUCUUCGGCACACUGGCAGGAAACACGCCAUGUUGGCGGGAUACUGUCACCAGAUCCAGAGGAAAACAAGUAUUGGUGGAACGUCAAUCACGUUUUCAUUCCAUACUGCUCAAGCGACGCAUGGAGCGGAACCGCAAGACCCAAAAAUGAAGGUGAAUACGCCUUUAUGGGUUCCAUAAUCAUCCAGGAAGUCGUCAAUGACCUGCUCAGCAAGGGCCUCUACGAAGCAAGGAUACUUCUCCUAGCGGGAAGCAGCGCUGGAGGUGUGGGUGUCCUGCUGAACGUCGACAGAGUAGCCGAUUACCUCGCCUUCCUCAAGUCCAAGGUGAAGGUUCGGGGUGUUGUCGAUUCGGGCUGGUUCCUCGACAACGAACCUUUCGAGCCCAGGGAGUGCAUGGAGCCUCAUGCCUGUUCUCCAAUUGAAGUCAUCAAGCGCGGAGUCAAGUUGUGGGAUGGACAGCUUCCUGAACGCUGCACCCAACACUAUGCUCCGGAGGAUCAGUGGAAGUGCUCUUUCGGCUACAGGAUCUACGACACGUUGCGUGCCCCGACAUUCGUGAUCCAGUGGCUAUUCGACGAGGCUCAAAUGACGGUGGACAACGUUGGACCGCCAAAGAGCAAGGCCCAAUGGGACUACAUCCACGCCAUGGGUGACAAGCUGAAGCAGACGCUCAAGAACGUCACGGCGCUUUUCGCUCCCUCCUGCAUUUCCCAUGUGGUGCUGACGAAAAGAGACUGGCAGCAAGUCAAGAUCCAAGACGUCUCUCUUCCGCAAGCUCUUCGGUGUUGGGAGCUGCAACGUCACGAACACAAUCAUCACCACCACCAUCCGAAGCAUCACCUGUACGAUCUGCUUCCGGCUAGUAGCAAUGGAACCAGGUCCCCAUACGCCAUGAUUGCCGAUAUGCCUAUUGGAAAAUUUCACAUUCCGUCCCAAGGGAGGCAAAGAGGAAAGAACAAGCGUCGAAACAGGAAGCACCGGAGACGCAAGAAGAAUGAGCGCCGUGCACACGCUGCAGCGGCCAUGCUGCGUGACCGACGCUCCCCGAGUCCAGACAGCGCACAUGUGCAACACAGGUGGAAGUUACACGAAGACCUGUGUCAGCACUGGCUCAUGGAUGUCUGUUCAUGGCCACAGUGCAACAGGAACUGUCCCAGACUCCGAAAUCCGUUCACGGGAGAAGAGAUGGACUUCGUGGAGCUGCUUGUGUCGUUCGGCCUCGACAUCAAUUCCGUGGCUUCAGCUUUGGGCGUCGGCGUGAAGGCACUGAAGGACAUGAACCAUGACACUCUCCUGGAGCUCCUCACCCACCACGAAAACUAGUCCCUUACGUGAACGUCUCAGUGCAUUUUUGGAAGACACGACAAAGCAUUGCUUAGUAUACGUCUGACCGUGACAUAGAACUGCUAGCAAGGCCAGGCUACAGCGGCACUGCGUCUUCGCGCAAUCGCCGAGUCACGCAACCAACUGAUAAGACACCCACCUAUCAGCAAGUGGCCCGCAUCAAGCAAGGACACUGUGUCGUCAACAAAGUCGAGCACCGACAGUGAGCAGUGCUGCACGUUUUUCCAGGCAGUUUCCCAAGCAGCACAAUGUACUGAAAGUCGAGUGCAAUAGGGGUGGACGAGUAGGUGGAAGACCUUGAACACACUCUUGAAACUAUGGAACAGUGAUAAGACGCAUACCGUCCACCCCUAUUGCACUCGACUUUCAGUACAUUGUGCUGCUUGGGUUCUUGGAAAGGAUCAACGACUGCAAUGUAGCCAAUCUUCCUGGGUGGAUGACAUUGCAACAUCGGUGUUCCCACCAUUUUUAUAUUUACGCGUUGUGCCCUACCUAGCGUGGAAAGAGCAGUAUCACAUACAUACACAGUAUGCGAGCAGUGAACACAUGAGAUCAUAUCUCGGCAGUGUAUGUUUGGGACACGGCUGUCUAAAAUCUCCAGCCCGUGGCCGAGCAGUCCCCUAUCGGCGAUGUCUUGCACGAAAGGAACUAUACCAUACCAAUACAGUCUCCGAGGGGAGGCCACGCACCGCCACCUGUCGGGAGAGAGGACCAUCGCAUACUCGGCGUCGUCUGCUACGGAGAGCACUUGAGCGCGGCCUCCCCUCGGGGAAAGUAUUGGUGUAGUUCCUUCGUGCGCGACAUCGCCGACAGGGGGAUCGCUCCGCCACGGGCUGGACAUUUUAGACAACCAUGUCACAAACAGUACACUGGGACUCUCCACAUAUACUGUAACCCGCCGGCAUAUUCGGCGACGUUAUUUCAUUGCAAGAAGGAAAUUGCGCUUCCCACACUCGGGACGAUAAGGACGCUCUGAACUGUUGCCCUAAUGAGGACAACCAACGCCGCCCUAUCUCCAAACUUUCAGAAACGGGUAUAGCAUGUACUAUAACUCAUUUUUCUUUAGUGUGCAUUUGUUGAAAAUGCAGAUUAUGAGGGACAGCAUCACAUCGGUGGGUCUUACGUUCAAUGCCAAUUGAAUAGGUGUGACGGUGUGUAUUUGUUACAUGAUGUUGAACAUUUCCGGCAGUUUUGGUUCCCUGUAAAUAUUACCCUGCGGAACUUUUAAGGCAUGAUGAUCUUUUAUCCAGAGUUAGGUACCGCUGUUUAUCUAUUACGCUAAGCGUAUGUGUGUAUAACAUGUAAAUAACGUUGCCCAGUUUGAUUUAGUCCGGUGGGUCACCACGGAAUGCGUGGAUACAAAGAAUUUUUUUUUUCAUAUUUCCGUUCGCUUCUUUGUUAUAGAUAAUGUUUACAUCGUGUUUUAUUGUGCAGUAUCUAUGUGAAUAUUAUCUCGUAAAUCUAAUGUAAAGGUAUCGUUCGAAUCAUUUCUCCACGCAACUAACGUUCCGUUAUUACCACGAAUGCGCAUUAACAAAUAAUAGACCAACAGCAAAACGCAAGCAAAGUCCUGAAAUAUGACCUUUACUGAAUUCUAAUUUUCUACACUAAAUAUUACACGUGCUGUGUAUUGUUCGGUAGCCAUUAACAAUCUAUGGUGUCGUGAUUGCUCGUAACGCCGUCAGCAUAGACGUUAAAACACACAGGUAUGCGCGCAGUGCUGUGUUCAGUUGAUUGCUUCGCUAGAAAAUUUAGAUGCAGCCCUCCGGCAGUGGCAUCACACUUCACUGAGUGGAAAUGAAAUUGAAUGUACGUCACCAAAUUCCAGUGCACAUUACAUGCACUUUCUUGUCAUUAAAUGUGACUGCAGGCUUGAAAAGCCCACAAAAAUUGCGGUUACCCACUUGAUAUACGUUGAUAAAAUCAUGCAGUGUGACAACGCAUGCGUUCUCUUCACACUUCGAACAUGAGUAGAGAAGCUUGUUUGCAUCGAAGCAACAAGACUGUCUCGAAUCCCUCUAAUCUAUAUCCUUCUAAUCUCGAAUCUAAAGGUCCUACGGCUAUGCAACAAAGCUCGUCGCACGCAAAAGUUUCGUUUUCCAGAUCCCCUUUCUCCUUUUCCUCACUCUAGUAAUAUUUUAAAGAAGACGGGUAUGAUGUUCAUUUCACUUUGUACAUAAAUGUCUUCACAAUACUCGGGACUCCCAAGUGAUUCAUAUUAUUGUACAUACACAAAACCUCCUCUUUCGAGUGAAACCGAAGCACUUCACCGUUGUAUUGCCGAAUGGAAUCGUCUCCUGCAUGUCCUUAUGUAACUUGUGUCCAGUUAUGACAAAAGCGUUGUAAAACAAUAUUCGACAUUUGAUUCGCUCAUGUGUAUUGUGUGUUGAUGUUGUACCAUACGAUCGAGUGAUACGACUAAUCUUGGAGGCGUCCACAAAAUGAAAAUGUUGUUUGUUAGGAAUCUAUAUGUUCGCCUUAGAGAUUGAUUGAUUUCAAAUCCAAUUGAUGCGCAUCUUACAGUGAAGCUACUGUUACGAUGUCAGUCGUAUAAUUAAUAUAUCUAAUAAAUGUUGUAUCCAUUCA